AGCGACUGAGAAACCAAAUUAAUCGGAACUGAGAAAAGAGUGAUGGCGUGGUGCGCCGCCGCGAGGACCUUCCACAUGCCGGCGAUCGAUGUCUCCUCUCUACGCUCUCGGGCGCCCUUAGCCGCCGGAAUCGGCUGUGUUUCCUUGGCUGCCGCUAACUUCCGCCGCUCCGGCCCCUCGCCGCCUUUCGCUUCCUUAGGCAUCUCCACUGAUGCUAAUCCAGUUUUGAAGGAAGCUGUAACCACAGAAAAUGCUCCGGCAGCAUUGGGGCCGUAUAGUCAAGCCAUCAAAGCAAAUAAUAUGCUUUUCAUGUCUGGGGUUCUUGGACUUGAUCCUCAGACUGGAAAGUUUGUCUCGGAUAGCGUGGAAGAUCAAACUGAGCAGGUUCUUAAGAAUAUGGGUGAGAUACUUAAGGCAAGUGGUGCGAGCUAUGCCUCAGUUGUCAAGACAACAAUCAUGUUGGCUGAUCUGAAAGAUUUCAAGAAAGUCAAUGAAAUUUAUGCUAAAUACUUUCCAGCACCAGCUCCAGCCCGUUCUACAUACCAGGUUGCUGCCUUACCAUUGGAUGCGAAAAUCGAGAUCGAGUGCAUUGCCACAUUGCAAUAAGCUGGAAUAGGGAUCUAGUUCUGCAUUAUAAGCUUUCUCCAUGAAUUCUAAAAAUUUAAUUUGGAGAAUUCUCUUGAAAUCCCUGCGGUCAAUUCAUGAUUGCUUCUGUAUGUUUCUAUUUUCAGCACCAAAAAGUAGCUGCUGAGAAAAAAAGAGUAAUUUGAAACACAGAAAAUUAGACUUAAUUUCUUAAAAAUUUCAAUAAUACACAAAUAUUUCAAUUUGUUGCAAA